AUGCCGUUCAAAUCGCGCUAUCACGUCGAUAUCCCAAACACACACCUCGCCUCACUCCUCCUCAAAUCGCCCACGCACCCUCUCUCGACAACAAAUCGAUGCUUUUCCGAGGCCGCCCGCCCAGACACCCAUUACUUCACCACCCAUGACUUUCGACUGUGGAGCCAGCGGUUCGCGGCUGGACUGCGCAAAGCUGGUCUUCAGCGCGGUGACCGUGUACUGCUCUUCUCCGGGAAUGAUCUGUUCUUCCCUGUCGUGUUCAUGGGGAUCAUCAUGGCCGGGGGGAUCUUCACGGGUGCUAAUCCGACGUUUGUGGCGAGGGAGCUGGCUUUCCAGUUGCAGGAUAGCGGGGCUUCGUUCCUCCUCUGUGCGGACGUGAGUCUUGAUGUGGGGAUCGAGGCUGCCCAGAUCGCCGGGUUGAGCCGGGAUCGGGUCUUUGUGUUCAAUAAUGCGAUCUUUGAUGGGCAGGGGGAAGGGAGCAAAGGGUCUUCCGUUGAGGAGGGGAGAGGAUUUGUCUGGGAUGAGCUGUCGACGCCCGAGGAAGCUGACCGAACUCUUGCGCUGAACUACUCGAGCGGCACGACGGGCCGGCCAAAGGGGGUGGAGAUCACGCACAAGAACUACGUUGCCAACAUGCUGCAGUACAACUACAUGUUUUACCUGAGCCCUGAUUGGAAGGAGAGGUCGGCCAGGGCGCGGUGGCUGUGCUUUUUGCCGAUGUACCAUGCUAUGGCGCAGAACAUUUUUAUCGCAGCUGCGCUGAGCCGUGAAGCGGCUGUCUACAUUAUGCCAAAGUUUGACUUCAUCAAGAUGCUCGAAUAUGUGGAGAAGUUCCGCAUCUCGGACCUCAUUUUGGUGCCCCCGGUGGUGGUUGCAUUGGCCAAGCACCCUGCGGUCAAGAGCGGAAAGUAUGACCUGAGCAGCGUAGAGACCAUCGGAAGUGGAGCAGCGCCCCUGGGACGAGAAGUGUGCGAGGAGGUUGAGGCCCUGUGGCCACCUGGUCGCAUUAAUGUCAAGCAAGGCUGGGGAAUGACCGAAACCACAUGUUCGAUAUUGGGCUGGAACCCAGCUGAAAAGAGCUAUAGUGCGUCAGUUGGAGAGUUAAAUGCGAACUGUGAAGCGAAAAUCAUGGCCGACGACGGAGUGACAGAGUAUGGACGCAACCAACGCGGCGAACUCUGGGAAACCAAGACGGCCGAUGGAUGGUUGAAAACAGGGGACAUUGCAUACGUGGACGACCACGGGAGGUUCCAUGUCGUCGACCGCAAGAAGGAAUUGAUCAAGGUGAAAGGCAACCAGGUGGCACCGGCAGAGCUGGAGGCCCUGUUACUGGAACAUCCUGCGGUUGCCGAUGUUGCCGUCAUUGGGGUGCAAGUGAAUGACGACGAGCGUCCUCGAGCGUAUAUUGUGCUAAAGCCAGGACACAACGCCGCCGCGGACGACAUUGUCGCCUUCAUGGAUGGCAAAGUGUCUGCAAUCAAGAGAAUAACUGGUGGGGUAGUCUUUGUCGACGCCAUUCCUAAGAACCCGUCUGGAAAAAUUUUGCGUAAAGUGCUUCGAGAAAGAGCCAAAGAAGAGACCCAAAAGAAUGGGGUCGCUGCUAAGCUAUAG